GCGGGGCAGGAGCGAUUCCACACCAUCACCACCUCCUACUACAGAGGAGCCAUGGGCAUCAUGCUAGUAUACGACAUCACCAAUGCCAAGAGCUUUGAAAACAUCAGCAAGUGGCUCAGAAACAUAGAUGAGCAUGCCAACGAGGAUGUGGAGAGGAUGCUGUUAGGAAACAAGUGUGACAUGGAAGAUAAAAGAGUUGUCCCUAAAGCAAAAGGUGAACAGAUUGCCAGGGAACAUGGUAUUAGGUUUUUCGAAACUAGUGCAAAAGCAAAUAUAAACAUUGAGAAGGCAUUCCUCACAUUAGCAGAAGACAUUCUUCGAAAG